GUAGGGGUCAAGAUAAAUAACGGAAAUUCAUGAUAGGGAAUAAAUACAAAUGUUUAACAAACAUUUUCUUCUGUUUAUUUAUCGAUUAAAGAUGCCAGCAGCAUUGAGAAGACUUGGUUGCAUACAGAGGCAUCUGGUGCCAUGCCCUAAACGUUUACCAAUGGUACAACAGACAAUGAGUGGAGCUACCCGCGCAACGGAUGAAGAGGAGGCGCUCCACUUCCUGGAAACGAUUUUCUCCACUCCAGAUCUUGGAGUCCUGGCCCUAGAGUCCAAAUGCCGGCGGUUUUGUGAUCACUACACGAGCCUCUCUGCUGAUGAUAGAAUCAGUUUUUUGACUGUACUUGCCAAACAGUACGGUGUCAAUCAAGGUGCCGUUGUCCAGGUGGCUACAAGUGUUGUUAAUGCUCAGGAGAGAGAAGCUUUGUUACUAAUGACUGAGGAACGAUUACGUCACACAUUAAUCCCGCAGUACCAGCAAUUGUUCAGUAAGAUUGGGAGAAUCGAAGGGGGAGUGAAGUUCUUGGUGGACAUGCGCGCAGAUAUUCUGACACACUUGCCAGGUGCUCAAAGUGAGGAGUAUAAGGCGCACAUGCGCAUUCUACAGCAGACCAUCAGAGACCUUCUGGCUCUAUGGUUUUCUGUUGGUUUUCUUCAUCUCCAGAGAAUCACGUGGCAGAGCCCAUGUGAUAUGGUUCAAAAGAUUUCGAUGUAUGAGGCAGUCCAUCCUAUACGGGAUAUGAACGACCUUAAGCGUCGUGUGGGGUCUUACCGCCGCUGUUUUGUGUUCACUCACCGCAGUAUGCCAGGAGAACCUGUUGUGGUCCUGCAUACAGCACUCACCAAUAGUAUUUCUAGUAGCAUCCAUUCUAUAUUGAAAACGCCUACUUUCUCUGGAUCAAAAAUGGAAACUGAUUCUUCAAACGACGGAGAUGUGGACGAAAAGGAGGAUCCUAAUAAGAUAUCGGCAGCUAUAUUUUACUCCAUCACUUCAACACAAAAAGGUCUGCAGGGAGUCGACCUGGGUAAUUACCUGAUUAAGACCGUUGUCAAGGAAGUACAGAACGAAUUUAAGGGCAUUACUCAAUUUUCUAGCCUGUCUCCAAUUCCAGGCUUCAAGACAUGGCUAAUUACAGAAAUCAACAGGAUAAUACACAUGCAAGAAAUAGGCGAACAGCAUCCAGAGCUUCUCUUAGAAAAAGAAAUCGAGGUGUUGAGAAAUGCACUGUCAAUUCCAGACCAUAGUGUUCUUAAAACUUUAAAAGAUUUAGUACAAACCCAUGGAUGGAUACAAAAUGAAAGUAUUUCUGAAAUGAUUAAAGGAAUUUUAUUAAGGCUGUGUGGACGAUAUUUAUUUAUUGAAAAGCGAAGAGGAUUCGCCCUUAACCCUGUGGCUAAUUUCCAUCUGGGCAACGGGGCAGUUUUAUGGCGUUUGAACUGGAAGGCAGACAUGUCAAUGCGUGGGAUCAACCAAUCCUGUGGGAUGAUGGUAAACUACCGCUAUUAUCUGGAAAAUACAGAAGAAAAUAGCCAAAAGUAUCUAGAAAACCAGACAAUAACAGCAUCCCCAGAUUUCUUACAACUGGUUGAGAAUGGAAAAUAAAAUCUUUAUUUUGCAUUUAUAAUUCUUUUGAAUGGGCUAAGAAAAGCAUUUAAGAUGUUUGAAAUAUUGGACUGCAUUACGUUGAAUUUAAUUAUUGUGAAAUAUGUAAAAAUGAUCUCGAGUAUGUAUGCAUAUUAAUAAUGUUUGUUGUUUAAUUUUUUUCACUAGCAUUCAUGUACUAUAGUUUGAUUAUAUAUUAGGUUUUCAAGUAGAAGGCCAGUACCAUUAAAAUUUAGUGGAUGGACACAA